AUGAAACCUUCCUCCUGCUCGGAGCUGUCCCUUUCUCUCUUCCAUUUCACCUUUCCAAACCACUUUAUCAAGACCAACUCAUCACCAAAUCUGAAAUCAUCCAUCAUGCCCUCCGGAAAAGGAUACACUGUUACCGGCUCUGGUACCAACUCCCAGGGCAACCACUACUGCAACCGUGACUACGGUAGCAGCGCUUCCAACCAGAACAGCUACCACUACUCCAACACGAAUGGCUCUUACUACUACUCCAAUCCUAAUGGAAGCACCUACUACUCGAGUCCGUCGGGGCAGGGGACCUACACUCCCCCCUCGGGAUCUGGAUCUGGAUCAUCCUCGAAGUAA